GCGGCGCAUGCAGUCCCUGCAGCAUCCAUCGGCGGAGCGCAAACGCCGACGAUCCGCGUGCGUACAUCGGUACAUGCGCCUUUACGAGCCGAGCACGCACGAAGGGCACGCUAUGCCGAGUGACGUUAGCCCUCGUCCCCAACUGCGCGAACUCCCGCGACAACCGCGCAUGUCCCCGUCAGCCCCGACAGCGCGUGCGGCUCGCGCUCCCGCCUCGGCGUCACGCGACGGCGGGGGGGCGCGCUGCUCUAUACACGUUCCGCCACCGCCAGGCGCGGCCGCGGCAACUUGGCUAUUUAGUUCGAGAAUUCUCCAGGGGAGAUGGAGCACGGAGUCCCUGAGAUCGAUCUUGCUCUCAGCGUCGGAGAGUUAGCUGCACACCCCCCGAUCCCCGGCCACGCUCCGAUCGUACGAGGCUAGCUGCUCCAUCAUCGCCCUCUUCUGGGACCCUGCCCCUGCCGUGAGUGGAUCAAUCCAUGGACGCCGCGCAGGUGCCCGCGGCAGUGGUGGUCGACGUCGGGGCGCUCACCGGACCGAUAGGGAGCGAGGCCCCCGCUGCGCCGAAGGGCCCAGCAUGGAAAAGGUUCUUGUACCACGUUGGACCAGGGUUUAUGGUGUGUUUGGCCUACCUUGAUCCCGGAAACUUGGGGACAGAUUUGCAAGCUGGCGCAGAUCAUAGAUAUGAGCUCCUCUGGGUGACCUUGAUUGGCCUCAUCUUCGCGCUAAUUAUUCAGUCACUAUCUGCUAAUCUUGGAGUAGUGACAGGGCGGCAUCUUGCCGAGCUAUGCAAGACGGAAUAUCCAGCAUGGGUGAGAAUCUGCCUAUGGCUGCUAGCAGAGUUAGCUGUGAUUGCUGCAGAUAUCCCAGAAGUUAUAGGGACAGCUUUUGCUUUCAACAUCUUGUUCCACGUGCCUUUGUGGGUGGGGGUUCUUAUCACUGGCUCAAGCACACUUCUUCUCCUUGGACUGCAAAAAUAUGGGGUUAGGAAGCUGGAACUUUUGGUCGGCCUAUUGGUGUUCGUUAUGGCAGCAUGCUUCUUCAUAGAGAUGAGCAUAGUGAAGCCUCCUGCAGAAGAGGUCAUCCACGGGCUAUUCAUCCCCAGUCUGAGUGGGCCGGGCGCCACUGGAGACACUAUAGCCCUUCUUGGGGCUCUUGUGAUGCCGCACAAUCUAUUCUUGCACUCUGCCCUGGUACUGUCAAGGAACACUCCGUCAUCAGUAAGAGGAAUCAAUGAUGCUUGCAGGUUCUUCCUUCUUGAAAGUGGUGUAGCGAUGUUCGUGGCACUAAUCAUCAACAUAUGCAUCAUCUCUGUCUCUGGAACUGUCUGUAACUCCAGCAACGUCUCACCAGAUGACUCUGCAAAAUGCAGUGACAUCACCUUGGACUCCUCGUCCUUCCUCCUGAGGAAUGUGCUAGGCAACAGCAGUGCGGUUGUGUAUGGUGUGGCUCUCUUGGCUUGUGGAAUAAGCUCUUCCAUCACUGGUACUUACGCUGGGCAAUACAUCAUGCAGAUUGUUAUACUUGAAGCACGGUUUGCAUGUGUUUGGCUCCUUGCUCAGGGUUUCUUGGACAUCAAGAUGAGACAGUGGCUGAGGAACCUGAUGACUCGCAGCAUUGCCAUUAUACCAAGCUUAAUCGUCGCCAUCAUCGGCGGAUCCAGCGGUGCGGGCCGCCUCGUCAUCAUUGCAUCGAUGAUACUGUCUUUUGAGCUGCCAUUUGCUCUCAUCCCUCUCCUCAAGUUUAGCAGUAGUAGCAGCACGAUGGGCCAACAUAAAAACUCUAUAUUUAUUAUUGGGUUCUCAUGGAUUCUCGGUUUUGUUAUUAUUGGGAUAAACAUCUACUUCCUCAGCUCAAAAUUUGUUGGCUGGAUCCUCCACAAUUCACUGCAAAUCUAUGCUAACAUUCUCAUUGGCAUUGUCGUGUUCCCUCUUAUGCUGAUCUACGUUUGUGCUGUGAUCUACCUCACGUUAAGGAAGGAGACCAUCAAGUUCGUGGCUUGCGGUGAGCUGCAGACCAUUGAGACCGACAAAUCAAAGCUUGCCAAUGGCAGCAACAUGGAGGAAAAGAAGGAUCAGCUUGUUUAGUCACAUGACAUGCUUUCAAGAAUGCUUAGGGUGUAGUUGGUUUGAUGGCAAGGGUGGAUGAUCAUAAGUAGAUCUUAGGAUAUAGAUAUCUAUGCAGGCUGUUUGGUUCGAUAGAUGAAAUAAACAUUUUUUCUAUUUGGUUAGAUAGAUUAGCAUAUAUUUUACUACAAAAGUUCGACAUAAGACCGGAUAGAGUUUUAUUGAUUUAAGAACCAUACCAUCUGC